AUGUUGAUUCUUCUAAAUAAAGCAUUCCAAGAAAAUGCUACCAACUCUCAGGCUCAAUCUAUUGACGAGAGCAUGGUUAAAUUUAAAGGGCGUGACAGCAAAAAACAAUACAUGCCCCUUAAGCCCAUUAAAAGAGGUUAUAAAGCAUGGUGUAGAUGCGACGCAAAGACUGGAUAUCUUUACCAGUGCGACAUUAACUCUGGUAAAGAUAAUGAACCCAAUGAAGAAGCUCUUGUUGAAUACCUUUACAAUAAGGGAAUAUUCUCAAUAGGUACUGUUCGAAUGACACGAAAAGGGCUUCCCAAAGAUUUUGCUGAUAAAUUAAAACCAGGUGAAUUUACAUACCGAUUUUGCCACCCCAUUGGUGUAAUAAAGUGGAGGGAUACAAAAGAUGUCCAUGUGAUAACAUCGGCAGUAAACCCUAGAGACAUAGAAAUUAUAGAAAGGAGACAAAAGAAUGAACAACCUCUAAACUACGAGUUGUUACAAAAUGUGCUUGGAGAUGGGCGUCAAUCAGACCUGGACAUAUCGGAUAAGGAGACAGAAUCGGCUGUCAAUGUACCUCGACUACUAGAUGAUGAAGAUGAUAUACCCCCAGAGAUUUCACCAGGUAACCAUAACAGAGACAGUGACUCAUAUCAAAAUAUGACUUUGACAUAG